CUUCCUCCGCAAAACGCGGGCUGCCGGCCGAGGAGGGGCAGAGCCCCCCCGCUCCCGCCGAGCCCCCCCAGCCGAGCCCGGAGCGAUGCGCCGGGGGAGGCACCGCGCCGCUGCCGCAGUGAGGCCAGCUCACCUCUCCCCUGGGGACACCGGCAGCACCGUCUGAAUGGCCUCCAAGCGGUACGCGGAGUCUGCAGACCCCGUCAUUUUCACCAAGCUACCUCGUGCGGAGCCCGCCGCCGGCUUCCUGCCCGGCAAAACCCCKGGCAGACCCGGCCCCGCACCUCACCCUGGCUCUGAGAGCCGCUGCAGCUACAAGGGCUCCUACUUCAGCUGCCGUCUGCAGAGCCCCGAGGGUCCCGAGCAGCCCCCGGCCCGCUGGAGCCCAUACGGGCAGCACGGCCCCGGUGCCAUGAGCCAGCCUGUGCCGSCCGAGGGGCCGCUGCUCAGCUUCCUGCUGUACCCUCCGGACAGCCUGGGCGCCAGGCUGCAGGCUCUGAAUGCCCGCAGGAGCAAGGACAGCCUGGCCCAGGAGCAGCUGCCGGCCGGGAAGAGGCCGGACAGCCCCCGGUGCCCCUUGCCGGUGGCGGUGAACACGGCGGCCCCGCUGGCCGUCCCCAAGCCGGUGUACGGAGCCCCCCCGUGCUUCCUGGCUGCCAGGAGGGCUCUGCCRCUGCACCAGAGACCGGGGAAGGCAAACUGGGCUCUGCCCCCGGCUGCCCGCCCCGGUGAGCCCCACAAGAGGGGCCCGUGCUCUGAGCGUGCCCUCCCGCCGCUGUCCCCCGGCCUGGCAUUGCCUCCCCAGGAACCGCUGGGCUCCCCCGCUGCCCUCCCCACCUACUACGUCACCUUUGAUAAGUACGGGCCACCCCCCGGCGCCCCRUUCCUGGAAGCACACUGUCCCUCUGCCCAGAGCCAGAAGAAGGUGCUGGAGGUGCCCAGCCUCGGCCCGGAGCCCUGGCCCAAGCUGCAGCCCCCCGAAGCCGGCCCGGUGAGCCGGGAGAGGUCAGCGAUGUGCUACCCACCGCCCCGGUACCCGCUGUCACCCCGCAGACCUGGCCCCCUCUAUCCCCCUGGGGGUGAGCCCGCUGCCCUGCCCGGCUUUGGCUAUGCCCCGAGGGAGCCCUUUUCCAGCACCUACCUCAGGGCCCACGCCCCGAGGAGUUACUUCCCCAGCCCCUUGGAGCGCUUUGUGCCCAGGGCAGCAGGUGCCAGGGCGGUGGCAUCGCCUCCUGCCCAGCCGGGGGUGGCACUGAGGGACGCUGAGCUGCCCAGGGACGCCGAGCUGCCCGGGAGCCGCGGCUAUCCCGGGUUUGCCAUCGAUCCCGGCGAUGUGGCCACGCUCCACUCCUCGGUACCCGGCAUGGAGCUGGGCUGUGAGCCGCACGGGGAGGACGGGCCGCGGUGGCGAGCGGUGGUGAGGCGYAGCAGCGCUUUCCAGCCCGUCUGCAGCGCAGAGAAGCUCUGUGGUGGGCUCACUGAGACRUUUCCCAAAAGAGAAGGGAGCUGGGAGGAAGGCAGGCAAGGCGAGCAGGAGCAGCCGUACCCUGGGAGGAAGAGCAGCAGCCCGGCCGGGGGAGCAGGGAAGGGAGAUUCCUGCACGGUCCAGGGUCCAGCAGAGGAGCUCGCCCRCCCUUCUCCACCCGUGACCCCUGCCAAGGGGCUGGAGGAGCCCAGGGACACCAAGGUUUUGUCAUCCUCCCCACCCAUGCCGGUGAUCCACAAUGUCUUCAGCCUGGCACCGUACAAGGAGUUCCUGGAGAUGGCCAAGRGCACAGACACCAUCCUCCUCUGCAGGAAGCAUCUGUGGGAGGAGUCCCCACCCCAAAACAGGGGUGGCUGCCAGGAGCCUGCUGCCCUCAGAGACGCCUCGGUGGUGUCCUGUCUGAGGUCAGGCAGCGAGCAGAGCCAAGGGCAAAGCUGUUACAGAAACGUCCCUAAAAAGCCAAAGCCUGAGCCCCAAGAGCCGGAGGGUCAGGAGGGCAGCCCGGACAGGAUGGACAGUGAGGAGCUGUCCCCUGAGGACAUGGUGCUGGACCUCAGCUUGAAGAAGACACCGGUGGAAGCUGAGGAGAGCCAAGGACCCCUCAGCUGUGCAGAGGGGCCGGGGGACCAGGAGGACGAGGAGGAACAGAAAGAGGCCAUGGGGGGGAAAGCGGGGGCAGUAGAGGGUGUGCAGCCCCGGCUGCCUGAGCGGGACUCUGGGGACAGGGGCAGCUUCCAGAGCUCAGCCACCUUCAUGUUCCAGAAAUACAAGCUGCUGCCGUCCCUCCCACCCGGCACGGAGCUCCCCCGGCAGGACGGCAGCCCCCAGACCCCCCAGACCCCCCGGCAGGAUAGCAGCUCCCAGCCUCCCCGGCAGGACAGCAGCCCCCAGCCUCUCCAGCAGGACAGCAGUCCCCAACCCCCCCGCCCGGAGCCUGGCCCCCAGCUCGGCACCGUCUCGGCCCCAAACCCUCCCCAGAGCCUCCUCUCCCAAGCCCCCUCCACCCCGGGGGAGGAGAAGGCCUCGGUGGUCAGGCAGCUGGGGGGUGUCCCCGCACAGACCCCCUCCGGGCAGUAUUUCACCACCCUGCACACGUGGCUCUGUGACACCAUUUCAGGCUCYGUGUCCCGCUCCUCCCCGGAGCUCCUGCAGCAGUGGCUGCAGAAGGCAGAGCCGGCAGAAGAGCUGGGAGAGGYGCCCAAAUCCCUGCCCAAGCCCAAGAACGGCUCCAAGGUCCCCAGCCCUCAAAAGGCCAGCAGCGGCAAGGAGAUCUGGCUGGCUUUCCAGGACGUGGCYGUGCUCCUSUCCAACCUGCUGUCCCAGCUGGAGACCUUCAUGUUCUCUUGCCCUUUCCCCCACGUGAUCCGGGCAGGAGCCAUCUUCAUCCCCAUCCACGUGGUGAAGGAGAAGCUCUUCCCAAAACUGCCCGGGAGCUUUGUGGACCGAGUGCUGCAGAAGCACAAGGUGGAGCUGCGUCCCACCACCCUCUCGGAGGAGAAGCACCUGCGGGACCUGGAGCUCAAGAGCUGCACCUCCCGCAUGCUGAAGCUCCUGGCGCUCAAGCAGCUUCCCGAAAUCUACCCCGACCUGCUCAACCUGCACUGGCACAACUCCAUCCGGCAGCAGCUCGGCAGCCCUGGUGUGGAGGCACUGAAAGCUGACAGCAAAGCCACAACCACGGACAGAUCAAGGAAAAGGAGGCACUGAGGAACGUGCCAAGGGCGACAGCCAGACGGUGACAGGAACGGGAAGGUCCCUUGUCCCCAAAGCUGGGGAUGUCGAGGUCACCUGCAGCUCGAUGCUCGGCUCCCACCCGCACCAAGGAUCCUCCAGGAUGGGGACACCUGCUCGGGGUGGGAACAGCCCGGUGGUGCUGCAGGGACACGUGUGGGGACACUGCCGGGUUAUCGGAGCCCCUCACGGCGGCUGCGCUGUGUUUGAGUGCAUCUCCCACCUCCAUCUGUGCCUGCCCUGGUGAGCUGUGAGGGAAUGGCCCGAGUUCCAGUGGAGCUGGAGCAGGAGGAGCACGGAAACGGCCACGGCACCAACCCCCUUGGAAAAAGGGGACUGCAGGGAUGAUAUCCCACCUCCUCCUCUAAAUCCCCUCUCUUUGUCCACACCAUUCCCAAUAAACGUCCCUCUUCCUCCGUAUUUUCCAUCUUCAAAGUGCCACAGAGACUUGACACAACAGAAUCGUGACUUCUGUAGUCCCAGGACUAAGUUGGUUUUUGUUUUAAAUGAAGACAUUUUACAAAUGUUCUGGAUUUACCUUUAUAAGGAGCUGCUGCCUUCAGGUCAUGUGUUUUGGGUUGUUUUUUUCUUUAAAUACAGUAAUUUAUACUUGUCUUUUUAUUUAAAAUUAAAGGCUGYGGGAAAGAUUUAAGGAAAAAGAAAACCAAACCACUUUGCAUCCUAGAUCCUGACCCCAAAGGAGAGCAGGGGAAAUGUGCAUUUAGGGAUCACCCUGAUGGAGACUAAAGGGGCAGAGAGGGGAUGGUGCUGCCAGAUCUUGGAAGGAAGGAUCCUUUCCAUCCCAAGAGGAAUGUGGGCAUCCCAGGACAUCCCCUCACCCCGGGAAGCUGCAGCAGGAUGCACGGCAGGGGCCUUAAAAACUCCAAACUCAGGUGUUCUUCAACUGCUGCAGGGCACGGAGGAGCAAAAUGUGGGUUAUUAGGAUUUUUUUUAAAUUUCACUACAGAGAAUAUUUCUUCUAAACUUAAAAAAAAAAAAAAUUAAGGGAAGAAAACCCUCCAAAAACUGUACUWGUGUUAGCCAAAAGGUGUGUUUGCUACUGGGGGAUUUCUGUGGGUGCCUUCCUGGUUUCCCAAGGGGAUGGAAUGGCUGUGGAUGGGAUGGAUAAGGGGGAUGCUGCUCUUCCCCUCGUUCCCCCUCACACCACUGCAUGUCUGCACAGCGAUUUAAGAGCAGUGUUUGUUAAUAAUGGUGUCAUUUUUGUAUGUAUACAAGAUUCUGGGGAAGGAAGCUCCUUUCCUUUAUUUAAUUUUUAGAAUGUGAAGAGUUGUCUCACCUGGUUAAGAGAGUUUGAUUUUUUUCCAGACAUGCUCUGCUUCCAUCUCUGCCUCCCAGCGUGGGCACAGGG